AAAUUAAUGAAUGUUAAAGGGAAAUAGAACCAGGUAACAACAGGCGGUCUUAUAGCUAAAAAGCGAUAUUUUCCAGACAACCUUUGAGUAACAGGAAAUGUAGAACUCAUACAAAAGUAAAUAUAGUGUAGGUAUUAAGUAAAUCAAACAUAGGAUACCUUCAGGUAAAGUGCUAGUUCCAGACAAAUCAAUUGCCAUGUGGAAUAACUACUGUUUUUUAUUCUUUUUAUCAAUGAACAACAACAGCUAAAUGAACCUUAAUCGUGCGAAAUGUUUUGCAAACAUCCUGAUAAAGAUUUCCUCAAGACAUAUUGUGUUCAUUGCCCUUUUGGAUUGUCUUGAAUGGUGGUCAUGAAUUUUCUAUUUGCGAUUGCCACCACCCUCCAUUUCACCUUCAUCGCCUCAAAGAAACUCGACAUCUCCUCAGAAGAAAGUAUAGAAAACAUUCUUUUUUACAAAGACUUCAGGCCCAAAAAGAAAGAGCUAGCACCUUUGCCACCAGAACCAUUAGUGUUGCCAGCACAAAUAAAACAGCCAGAGUGCAUACCUCGAAUGUGCUGUUCCAUGUCUUGUACGAACUCCUGCGGACAAAAUGAAAUAGGAAUUGAUAGCUUUCAGCGAAAUCAACCUAUGAAUUUUAUGAAUCCUGGUAACUCAAAUCCUUUUAGUUCUAUGAAUUCUAUGGGUUCUAUGAAUUCUAUGAAUCCAAUGAAUUCUAUGAAUCCAAUGAAUUCUAUGAAUCCUUUUAAUUCAAUGGGCCCACCGAAUUCAAUGAACCCGAUGCAAACUAUGCCACCAAUGCAACAGCAGAAGCAAAUGCCACAAUUUAUGAAGCACCCGAAGAAGAAGAAGCAUCCACCGAUACCAUUGCAAACAAGAAGGGACAGUGGCAACGCUAGAGAACAUAUCAAGAGCCUCAUAUCCCAAGAUGAGGAUAUUAAGAAGAUUCUGAAGGAUUUGGUUAGGGUGACGAUGAAAAAAGUGGACUUGCUGGAGAUGAUCAAAGCGAGGAGAGCUGCGGAGAGCGGGAACGAUGGUUUGAAUGUCGGCGAUGAAGAUGAGAAAGAAUUGUGAUUGGUAAAUAAGUUUGUCACUAAACUUAUUUGAGAAUAGCCUAUUGACCGGGAGUCUUUGUAAUGCUUGUACUCAAUAGAUAUUUUACAUGAGUAAGUAGAAGCCAGUAAGCAUUUGGGUCAUACACAUUUUAUAGCAAACUCGUUCGCGUCUUUCUUGUGUAUAUCGCAAAUUUAAGGGAAUCUAAAGCUAAUAUUACAGGUGGAAAAAAAACUUCAAUACUUAAGAAAAACUGGGGAUCUAUGUACCAGUCUUUUUCUUUUAUUGUAUUGUCCGCAGAAGUGACCUUUUCCUAAAAUGUGUUUGAUCUUUUUUGUAGAAAGUAGUAUAUAUAGAAAAUGCAGAAACACGUAUUAAUACAUGUAUAGAAAAUGUCUAAAUUGAUUUCUUUCAAAUACUCGUAUCCUACAUAGAAUCAAUUGUCAUUUGCCUAUUUUCUUAGCUAACGUCUUUCGCAGUCUGUACAUUUUUUAAACCUAUAAAUUACAAAUUUAGGCAAGGUUUCUUAAGAUUACUAGAUAAGAUGUAGUUUUCCUAACGCUCUUACUGGCCUAUUUAAUGAUAUACCUACCCUGUAUAUAUAUAAGCAAUUUAAUGAUUAUAAUGGGAAUUUUAAUUUUAUUAUUAUCAUUAUACGAUUCAGGUAACAAAAAGGUUUAAAUCAUUUUGCAUAGGUACCUUUCAUAAAAUAAUUCAAUACUGCCAAUUAUUAUUUAUUCCCAAAACCCGCCCUUUAUAAAGCGUUUAUAAAAUUAGACAUUAACGUAACAAUUUGAAUAAUUUACGUCAAUAAUUAGUAUUUAUAUCCAGUACCUCCUGCCUUCCUGAAACUGAGCCGUAAAAACCAAACAAGAACUUUGGGUCGUGCACAUAGAACCUAUAAUGUAUACGCCAUUGUGUCUCGUAAACGAUUAAACGGAACGGAAUUCCACAAUUGUAUUGUCCAAGUUGCCAACUUAACGGAUGGAACGGAGCGAAAAAAUUGCCAGUUGUGGAAACUUUGGCAACAAUUAUCAUACAUUUAAUAUGAAAUAGCAAUGGCGUAAAUAUUAACAAUGAAAUGUAAAUCUUUUGGCAAAUUGUGUUGGAGAUUUUACAUGCCUACGGGUAUUUUGGUUUUAUAGAUGAAUGAAGAAUCGAGUUCAAUGUUACAGAUCUUUAAAGCUGUAAUAAUACGUCGACACAAUUGAAUGUGUAGAUACAUAAUU